AUCAGCUGGCCAUCCCCCAGAGACACAGUGGAGAUGUGUAAACUGGCAGGCAAGAACGCUCAAGUGAGUACAACCUGGAAAAUGUCUGGCCUGACAGUAAAAUCUCUAUUCAGAGCACUAAUUAAAAUAUAGUUUGUUUCUGUCUGUGUCUUAUUGGUUCUUCUCCUCUGCUUCUCUCUCUCAGUUGGAGUGUGCCAACUUUGUGCGUGUGCUCCAUAACUUUAACCAUACCCAUGUGUAUGCCUGUGGGACAGGAGCCUUCCAUCCGAUAUGUGCCUUCGUUGAGAUCUCAGGACGUAGAGUGGUAGGGUCAGGGAUAAUUAUACACGCAUGGACGCACACAAACAUACACAUACACACACAUAGACACCCAUACACACACACACAGACACAGACACACACACGUACACACACACACACCACACACACACAUACACACACACACAAACUGCAUUCCUUACUGCUUACACAGUCUCUCUCUGUCUCUCUUUCCAGGAGGGUGUGUUCCAGUUGUUGUCUGGUACAGUGGAGUCCGGGAGGUUGAAAUGCCCUUACGAUCCCUGGCAACCGUUCACCUCUGUCCUCACAGGUCAGACCACACCCCUUCCAUCUGACAGUUGAUCACCCCCACCCUGACACCAUCCUCCUACAACCAAAUUCAGACCUACAUCUCACUCUCUCCUCUCCUGGUGAUCAAAGCCCAUGUACACCACUCAUGUACGCUCACACUCUAGGGCCCUACUCUCUGUUUUGAAUACCUAAUUAUUUCUUAAUGUAAUAAACAAACGUACUUGGCAUGAAACUAUAAACACUCAGACUCACGGAGUGUAUUUGUAUGACCCCCUGUUUCCCUCAUGACUGACUCUGCUAUCCCCAGGGUGUGUGUGUGCGUGUUUGUUUGUGUGUAUGUGUGUGUGUGCGUGCGUGUACAUGUUUGUGUGUGUGUGUGUGUGUGUGCUUGUGUGCAUGUUUUUUUGAUGAAUUAAGACAGAGUGAAUUCAGCAAGACAUCGUCAUCUAAGCCAACUCCUAAUAUAUCAAAAACAUUGUUGUCCAGGCUAGAUUCAUGGAGACUUUGCUCUGCCUAUCUUCUUACAGAAAACUGAUUACAGAAACAUAAUCUCAUGCCAAAGAAUGUCAUAUUACUGAAAGUAUGAGGCACAGCUUAAAGAGAGAUUGUCUGAUUGUGUUUGUUCAGGUUUGUUGUCACUUUUUAUCAGAAUUGGGUUUGUUACUAAUUGGUUCACAUUUACAGUUGUACUUGACGCUCAUUCUCAUUGGUCCAGGUCUAACCCUCCUUGUCUCUGAUUGGUUGCAGACCAGUUUCUGUAUGCUGGCACGGCAUCAGACUUCCUGGGUAAAGACAUAACGUUCAGCCGCUCCCUGGGCCCACCCCCCGACCAGCACUACAUACGUACUGACAUCUCAGAGGACUACUGGAUCAACGGUACACACACACAACACACACACGCACACACGCACACACAUACACACGCACACACAUACACACACACAUAUACACACACACAUAAACACACAUACAGACACACACACAAAGAGACCAACACACUCACCCAUACACACACACAAACACAUGACGAACAGACAAACGACACACAGAAACACACACACGUAUUGUAGAGCUAUGAGUUAUGAGCUUGUAGAGCCAUACAUUAUGACAUGACAUUAUUUCUCAGUAACUGUUGGCCUGGUUCUUUUGACUACAUCCUUCCUCUCAGUCUCAGUACACAAGGAUUGGUUGAAGUAGGUGAGUUCAUUCAUAACCGAGUUUGUCAUUGAGUGUUUCGCAUCCCAUUCUUUACAUUGAUACACAGAGCUGCUUUGUGUUCUCAGGGAGCGAUAGAGGGACGUUAUUGGCAUUCCUUCCAAAAAUAAAUAAUAAAUAAAUAAUCAUGUUUUACUUUUACAAGACACCACACUUACUGUAGAGCUACAGCACACACACCUACUGGGGAAUUGACAGGGCCCUAGUCUACACAGACAGUUCACAGGGCCCUAGUCUACACAUACAGUUCACAGGGACCUAGUCUACACAGACAGCUCACAGGGCCCUAGUCUACACAGACAGUUCACAGGGCCCUAGUCUACACAGACAGCUCACAGGGCCCUAGUCUACACAGACAGUUCCCAGGGCCCUAGUCUACACAGACAGUUCACAGGGCCCUAGUCUACACAGACAGUUAACAGGGACCUAGUCUACACAGACAGUUCACAGGGCCCUAGUCUACACAGACAGUUCACAGGGACCUAGUCUACACAGACAGUUCACAGGGCCCUAGUCUACACAGACAGUUCACAGGGACCUAGUCUACACAGACAGUUCACAUGGACCUAGUCUACACAGACAGUUCACAGGGACCUAGUCUACAUAUACAGUUCACAGGGCCCUAGUCUACACAGACAGUUCACAUGGCCCUAGUCCACACAUAAAGUUCCCAGGGCCCUUGUCUAUACACACACAGUUCACAGGGCUCUAGUCUACACAGAGAUUUAACAGGGCCCUAGUCUACAUAUACAGUUCACAGGGCCCUAGUCUACACAGACAGUUCACAUGGCCCUAGUCUGCACACACCGUUCACAGGGCCCUAGUCUACACACACAGUUCAAAGGGCCCUAAUCUACACAAAAAGUUCACAGGGCCCUAGUUUACACAUACAGUUCACAUGGCCCUCUUCUACACAGGCAGUUCACAGGGCCCUAGUCCACACAUAAAGUUCCCAGGGCCCUUGUCUAUACACACACAGUUCACAGGGCUCUAGUCUACACAGAGAUUUAACAGGGCCCUAGUCUACACAGACAGUUCACAGGGCCCUUGUGUACACAGACAGUUCACCGGGCCCUAGCCUACACAGUCAGUUCACAGGGCCCUUGUCUACACAGACAUUUCACAGGGCCCUUGUCUACACAGACAGUUCACAUGGCCCUAGUUUACACAGACAGUUCACAGGGCCCUAGUCUACACAGACAGUUCACAGGGCUCUAGUCUACACAGACAGUUCACAGGGCCCUAGUCUACACAUAAAGUUCCCAGGGCCCUUGUCUAUACACACACAGUUCACUGGCCCUAUUCUACACAGACAGUUCAAAGGGCCCUAGUCUCCACAGACAGUUCACAUGGCCCUAGUCUACACAGACAUUUCACAGGGCCCUUGUCUACACAGAAAGUUCAAACGGCCCUAGUUUACACAGACAGUUCACAGGGCCCUAGUCUACACAGACAGUUCACAGGGCCCUAGUCUAUACAGAGAGUUCACAGGGCCAUAGUCUACACAGAGAGUUAACAGGGCCUUAGCCUACUCAGACAGUUCACAGGGCCUAGUCUACACAGACAGUUCACAGGGCCCUAGUCUAUACAGAGAGUUCACAGGGCCAUAGUCUACACAGAGAGUUCACAGGGCCCUAGUUUACACAGACAGUUCACAGGGCCCUAGUCUACACAGACAGUUAACAGGGCCUUAGCCUACUCAGACAGUUCACAGGGCUCUAGUCUACACAGACAGUUCACAGGGCCUUAGUCUCCACAGACAGUUCACAGGGCCCUAGUCUCCACAGACAGUUCACAGGGCCCUAGUCUACACAGACAUUUCACAGGGCCCUUGUCUACACAGACGGUUCACAUGGCCCUAGUCUACACAGACAGUUAACAGGGCCUUAGCCUACUCAGACAGUUCACAGGGCCCUAGUCUCCACAGACAGUUCACAGGGCCUUAGCCUACUCAGACAUUUCAAUGGGCCCUAGUCUCCACAGACAGUUCACAGGGCCCUAGUCUACACAGACAUUUCACAUUGCCCUUGUCUACACAUAAAGUUCACAUGGCCCUAGUUUACACAGACAGUUCACAGGGCCCUAGUCUACACAGACAUUUCACAGGGCCCUAGUCUAUACAGAGAGUUCACAGGGCCAUAGUAUACAUAGAUAGUUCACAGGGCCCUAGUCUACACAGACAGUUCACUGGGACCUAGUUUACACAGACAGUUUACAGGGCCCUGGUCUACACAGACAGUUCACAGGGCUCUAGUCUAUACAGACAGUUCACAGGGCCCUAGUCUACACUGACAGUUCACAGGGCCCUAGUCUACUAAGACAAUUCACAGGGCUCUAGUCUACACAGACAGUUCACAGGGCCCUAGUCUACACACAAAGUUCCCAGGGCCCUUGUCUAUACACACACAGUUCACUGGCCCUAUUCUACACAGACAGUUCAAAGGGCCCUAGUCUACUCAGACAGUUCACAUGGCCCUAGUCUAUACAGACAGUUCACAGGGCUCUAGUCUACACAGACAGUUCACAGUGCUCUAUUCUACACAGCCAGUUCACAGGGCCCUAGUCUACACAGACAGUUCACAGGGACCCAUCUACACACAAAGUUCAUAGGGCCCUUUUCUACACAGACAGUGCAAGCACUAUUCUAUGAAGCUCUCUCCUCUAUGUCUGUCAUUGAUCAUCAAGUUGUCACCAGUUUCCAACUUCUGACACACACUCUCCACAAUGCACUUGUUUACACAGACAGUUCCCAUGGCCCUAGUCUACACAGACAGUUCACAAGGCCCUAGUCUACACAGACAGUUCACAGGUCUCUAGUCUACACAGACAGCUCACAGGGCCCUAGUCCACACACAGAAUUCACAGGGCUGUAGUCUUCACAGACAUUUCAUAGGGCCAUAGUCUACACAGACAGUUCACAGGGCCCUUGUGUACACAGACAGUUCACCGGGCCCUAGCCUACACAAUCAGUUCACAGGGCCCUAGUCUACACAGACAGUUCACAGGGCCCUAGUCUAUACAGAGAGUUCACAGGGCCCUAGUUUACACAGACAGUUCACAGGGCCCUAGUUUACACAGACAGUUAACAGGGUCUUAGCCUACUCAGACAGUUCACAGGGCCCAAGUCUACACAGACAGUUCACAGGUCCUUAUCCUACUCAGACAGUUCACAGGGCCCUAGUCUCCAAAGACAGUUCACAGGGCCCUAGUCUACACAGACAUUUCACAGGGCCCUUCUCUACACAGAAAGUUCACAUGGCCCUAGUUUACACAGACAGUUCACAGGGCCCUAGUCUACACAGACAGUUCACAGGUCCUUAUCCUACUCAGACAGUUCACAGGGCCCUAGUCUCCACAGACAGUUCACAGGGCCCUAGUCUACACAGACAUUUCACAGGGCCCUUCUCUACACAGAAAGUUCACAUGGCCCUAGUUUACACAGACAGUUCACAGGGCCCUAGUCUACACAGACAGUUAACAGGGCCUUAGCCUACUCAGACAGUUCACAGGUCCCUAGUCUCCACAGACAGUUCACAGGGCCCUAGUCUACACAGACAUUUCACAGGGCCCUUGUCUACACAGAAAGUUCACAUGGCCCUAGUUUACACAGACAGUUCACAGGGCCCUAGUCUACACAGACAGUUCACACGGCCCUAGUCUAUACAGAGAUUUCACAGGGCCAUAGUCUACACAGAUAGUUCACAAGAACAUUGUCUACACAGAAAGUUCACAUGGCCGUAGUUUACACAGACAGUUCAGAGUGCCCUAGUCUACACAGACAGUUCACAGGGCCCUAGUCUAUACAGAGAGUUCACAGGGCCAUAGUAUACACAGAUAGUUCACAGGACCCUUGUCUACAGAGACAGUUCACUGGGACCUAGUCUACACAGACAGUUCACAGGGCCCUAGUCUACACAGACAGUUCACAGGGCCCUAGUCUACACACAAAGUUCACAGGGCCCUUGUCUAUACACACACAGUUCACAGGUCUCUAGUCUACACAGACAGUUCACAGGGCCCUAGUCUACACAGACAGUUCAAAGGGCCCUAGUCUACACAGACAGUUCACAGGGCCCUAGUCUACAGAGACAGUUCACAGGGCUCUAGUCUACACAGAGUUCACAGGGCCCUAGUCUACACAGACAGUUCACAGAGCCCUAGUCUACACAGACAGUUCACAGGGCCCUAGUCUACAGAGACAGUUCACAGGGCUCUAGUCUACACACAAAGUUCACAGGGCCCUUGUCUACACAGACAGUUCACAUGACCCUAGUCUACGCAGACAUCUCACAGGGCCUUAGUCUGCACACACUGUUCACAGGGCUCUAGUCUACACAGACAGUUCACAGGGCCCUAGUCUACACAGACAGUUCACAAGGCCCUAUUCUACGCAGACAUCUCACAUGGCCCUAGUCUACACAGACAGUUCACAGGGCCUUAGUCUACACAGACAGUUCACAGGGCCCUAGUCUACACAGACAGUUCACAGUGCUCUAUUCUACACAGACAGUUCACAGGGCCCUAGUCUACACAGACAGUUCACAGGGCCCUAGUCUACACACAAAGUUCAUUGGGCCCUUUUCUACACAGACAGUACAAUCACUAUUCUAUGAUGCUCUCUUCUCUAUGUCUGUCAUGGAUCAUCAAGUUGUCACCAGUUUCCAACUUCUGACACACACUCUCCACAUUUCACAGCCAGGAGCGGGGUGUGUAUGAGUUCUCUGGAGUGAUGCUGUCACUCAGUGUGUAAUAUGUUGUGUGUGUGUGUGUGUGUGUGUGUGUGUGUGUGUGUGUGUGUGUGUGUGUGUGUGUGUGUGUGUGUGUGUGUGUGUGUGGUGUGUGUGUGUGUGUGUGUGUGUGUGUGUGUGUGUGUCAGGGGUUCUGGAACAUCUUACCUAGUGUACAGUAACAGUGACUCUGUGUAAUAUGUUGUGUGUGUGUGUGUGUGUGUGUGUGUGUGUGUGUGUGUGUGUGUGUGUGUGUGUGUGUGCGCAUGCCUACAUUAUCCUAUUCUAAGGAAUCCCCCCGGAGGCUUCGGUUAGUUUCCUCGGUUGAUGUCAUGUUGAUGUCAUGUUCCUGUAACACAGCGCACAGCCACAUGCUUUCUUUCUCACUCUGUCUCGUUCCUUUCUUCUGUUCCAAGGCCCUGUCUGGGGGUAUUUUAAUGUUCAUAACUCAGGGUACUCAGAGGAGACUGCAAAUAAAUAAAUAAAAGACGCUCUGCUAUGUCCACAGGGUAAGGAUGUAAACAUGAAAAAUGUUGCACUUAUAACUCUCUCUCCACCUCUCCACCUCCCCCAUAUCUCUCUCUCUCUCUCUCUCUCUCUCUAUCUCUCUCUAGAGGCCAGGUUUGUAUCAGCCCAUCCUGUGUCAGACACCUACAACCCUGACGAUGACAAGAUCUACUUCUUCUUCCGCGAGUCGUCACGUGACGGCAACGAUAAGAGUGUCCUGUCCCGCGUGGCACGCGUCUGCCAGGUGAGAUGGGGGAGAGGUGUAGAAGGGUAAAAGUGAGUGAGGGAUGGUUUUGGGGAGAGGUCAGGGAAGAGGUGAGGAGGAGGACAGACAUCUAACAGGGCGCAUGUACGUUGAUAGAUCUCUUUCCACUACUACAGAGCUGGCCUCUCCACAGAUGUGCUUAAAUCUCCCUGGGACGAUACCUCCUAGUACAUUCCUCUUGUGUAGUCUGCCGACAGAGGAACGGACCACUGCUGUCAGAGAGGGUAAAUCAUGGUUUAACCUCUUUUUGUGUCUUACUGACAGGGCAGCCUAUGGUCUGGUCCCAAGACAGCGUAGGAGUAGGAAUGAAGUAGGACUGUAGGCUAGUUGGUCCUGUAUCAUUUGGGUCCUGCUCCAGCCCUACUCCUGCUUUAUGCUCUACAUCUAGCCCAAACCCCCAGCUUUAACUCCUUCCAUGUUCACAGUUCUGAAGGAGCUGUGUAGGUCAACCAAUACAGCAGAAACUCUGCUCAGGCCUGUUAGCGGGCUAGCUGGAGACUACAGCAGGUUGAUAAGUUUAAUCAGGUGUGUGAAUACUUGGCUGGAACCAAAGCCUGCACCCAGACUGGCUCGUUGCAGAAAAGAUAGGCCACUGUUGGACGAAAAUAUUAUAUUUCAGUUCCCAGCUAUGUGGGGUUUGGUAUUUUCUGGUAGUAGGGAGACUGUCCCUGGACCCUUCCCACUAUAAAAAUUCCAAGCUCCAUUGCAACAUUCCCAGUCACACGCACUUAGAGUGUUUAUGACUUGGGAGUAAGCUGUAAGGCCGAUGAGGCAGGAGAAGGAUUCCUUGUCCUGUGUCUACAGCCGACCAUAGAGGGGUUCCUCUCUGGAUAAGUGGAAUAACAAAGCUUCAUUAAUCUUUGAAGAUAAUCCUAUUUAGAAAACGCUAAAGCCAUUAUCCCUUCCUUUUCAAUAAUUGUGUGUCUAUAGCUUUAGUUUAGUCUGCAGGCCAAGUUCAAUAGGGAGGUUAGUCUAGGGCCCUUGUGCUGGAUAAAGGGGCCCUGUACUUGAUAUGCAUAUUUGAGUACUCCUACCCUAACCCUGACCCUGAGAAGGGCAUUGCUUUAUUGAGUAGCGCAUUCAGCCAGGGGUAUACAUAUGCUAAUUAGAAAACCUGCAUAAUUAAUGAGCUUGCUACUUUACCUUCAUUUCUUCUUUCCUCAUCUUUCUAUUUCUUUAGAUUCUUUCUCUCCCUUUCUCUGGCUUUAAUUCUUCCUUCAUACUGCUAUUCUUGUCCUACUAAAUCCCUCUACCCUAUUCUCUCCUCCUUGUCAGCUAUUUUUCUCUUCAGUCCUCUCGCCCUCCUUUGUCAGUUCAUUCCGACUGCCAUCAUCAUUACCGUAAUAAGCAGACCUCAGUCCUCUGCCAGUCAAAUAAUCAGAAUUCUGUCUUUACCUUGGUUUAUUUAAACUAGUCUCAAACAGGAGUGUAAGAUUUCAAGGUCUGUAAAAAUUGUUUGCAGUUGUGUUGUACUUGAUAUGUCAGAUCUGUGAACUAGAUUGUGGUUGUUUCAUGGUUUUAAACCUGCAAACCUGAUUUCAGUUGUAUUUGUGUGUCAGACUAUGGUUAUGUAAUGGUUGUGUAAUGGUUGUGUUAUGGUUGUGUUAUGGUUGUGUUUCAGAAUGACGUGGGAGGGUUGAGGAGUCUGACCAAUAAGUGGACGACGUUCCUCAAAGCCAGACUGGUGUGUUCCAUCCCUGGACCCGAUGGAGUGGACACACACUUUGACGAGCUCCGUAAAUCACGCACGCACGCACGCACACACACACACACACACACACACACACACACACACACACACACACACACACACACACACACACACACACACACACACACACACAUACACACACACACACACACACACACAUUACAUGCUUCCAUGUUUACAUGCUCACUAAAUGCCACAUUCUUACCUUUUAUGUGUGUGUGUAUGUGUGUUGUAGAGGACAUAUUCCUGCUCCCCACCAGAGAUGAGAAGAACCCUGUUGUGUAUGGAGUCUUCACCACCUCCAGGUAAAACACAUAGUACACCAUACCAUACUUAAGCAAUAAGGCAUGAGAACCCGAGGAUUAUCGUGUGAAUAACUCCAGACUAAGGGCUGUUCUUAGGCCAUAGUCAAAGCCAAGGGCCAGGAAAACAGCACUUAGGAGUGUGUUAUUCACGAUAAUUCCCGGGUUUGAGGGCUUAUUACUUGUAUAAAACGGUUGCCAACACGUAACACGUUAUUUUAAUGAGUACAUUUUUUCAUUUCAUCCUUCCACCAUGCAAAAUAGUCCAGGCAAAAGACAGUCGUUAGUUCUGAGAUUCUGAAGUUGCUAGCCAAAUGAGCUGGUUGUUCAUUCUAUCCAUUUUAUUUGCAAUGGUUGCUAUGCUAAACAAAUCAUUGGCAUGUAGCUAUGCAGGCUAGCUACUUCUCCUUUCUUAGCUAGUCAACUAAAGCUAACACACAAUCGCAUCAAGCAGCUGAAAUGACAACAAACUAUGUGCAUUUUCGUUUGUUUUACCUUUGUUUCUAUUGCCAUUGUUUUGGAUAUCCAUUAUAGGGGUCCUGAUGAAUUAAUUUGCCUGGCUCAGAGAAGCUGUUAGUCUUGUCACAUUCAUAAGCAUGGCACGGUGGAGAUCGCAACAAAAAAAUACUGCUACAUUGUUCCAAAGGUCGGAGAGGCAGACAGCAAGGUUUGACGAACCCCAACUGUUGCAAACCGAAUGCUAGGCUAGUAGCAUUGGGGAGAUUUGUCUUGAUGCUUUUUUCCAAGGGAGAUAAAGUUUAUCGAUUGCUUGGCUGGGCUGUGUGGGACAGUGGAUGCGCAUUGACAAUUUAAAUGGAACUGUUAACAGGCAUUACCCGGGAAUUGUGGUGAAUAACUGCUUCCUAUUAACCAAUCAGCAGCAUCCAGGAUCCAAACAACCUGUUAUAUAAUGAGACGUCUCUCUACUGUACCUCUCAGGUUAUUCCUCCCACUAUACCUAUUAGACUGUGUUUAUCCCCCAGCUCUGUGUUCCGUGGCUCAGCGGUAUGUGUGUACAGCAUGGCUGACAUACGAGCUGUGUUCAACGGACCCUACGCUCACAAGGAAGGACCUGACCAUCGCUGGGUAGAAUAUGAGGGAAGAAUACCUUACCCUCGCCCUGGAACGGUACAGUAACACACACACUCAUCUCUCCUAGCCCUACUCCCCUCCAUUUCCCUCCUGGGCGUGAGCAGGGACACAUGCAAGAUGACCUCAUACUGUUUCUGUACAGGAUUAUUUAGAAAGACCCCUUCUACUCCACUUAAAUGACUUACAGUAUAUGACCCAAUCCUGAUAUAUGACACAGUCCUGAUGAACAAUAAUAAACAUCCAUCUAUUAUGUGUGCCUGUGCGCAUAAUGCAUCUCUGUGAGAGUGUGACAGAAGUAAAAGUUUGUGUGUGUGUGUGUGCGUGUGUGUGUGUGUGUGAUAUAUGACCUAGUCUCAGUCCUGAUGAACAAUAAUAAACUGCAGUCUGGGCGGCAGCUUUGUUGAUGUCACUAAAUCGUCACGGUGAUCACCAUCGUAUGUUUCCUUUUCUGCAGUGUUUGUGGAACUGAUUAAAAAGAGGGGCUGUGACUGGUGUGUGUGUACAGUGCAUUCGGAAAGUAUUCAGACCUCUUGACUUUUUCCACAUUUUGUUACGUUACAGCUUUAUUCUAAAAUGGAUUAAAUAAAUACAAAUCCUCAUCAGUCUGCACACAAUACCGCAUAAUGACAACGUGAAAACAGUUUAUUUUUAUUUUUAUGUUUGUACAUUUAUCAAAAAAAAUAAAAAACAGAAAUACCUUAUUUACAUAAGUAUUCAGACCCUUUGCUAUGAGACUCGAAAUUGAGCUCAGGUGCAUCCUGUUUCCAUUGGUCAUCCUUGAGAUGUUUCUACAAUUUGAUUGGAGCCCACCUGUGGUGAAUUCUACUGAUUGGACAUGAUUUGGAAAGGCACACACCUGUCUAAGGUCCCACAGUUGACAGUGCAUGUCAGAGCAAAAACCCAGCCAUGAGGGCGAAGGAAUUGUCCGUAGAGCUCCGAGACAGGAUUGUGUCGAGGCACAGAUCUGGGGAAGGGUAACAAAACAUUUAUGCAGCAUUGAAGGUCCCCAAGAACACAGUGGCCUCCAUCAUUCUUAAAUGGAAGAAGUUUGGAACCACCAAGACUCUUCCUAGAGCUGGUCGCCUGACCAAACUGAGCAAUCGGGGGAGAAGGGCCUUGCUCAAGGAGGUGACCAAGAACCUGAUGGUCAUUCUGACAGAGCUCCAGAGUUCCUCUGUGGAGAUGGGAAAACCUUCCAGUAGGACAACCAUCUCUGCAGCACUCCACCCUAGUCUAAACAGACAGUUCACUCAGGUCUUUAUGAUAGAGUGGCCAGACGGAAGCCACUCCUUAGUAAAAGGCACAUGACAGCCUGCUUGGUGUUUGCCAAAAGGCACCUAAAGGACUCUUAGACCAUGAGAAACAAGAUUAUCUGGUCUGAUGAAACCAAGAUUGAACGCUUUGGCCUGAAUGCCAAGCGUCACUUCUGGAGGAAACCAGGCACCAUCUCUACGGUGAAGCAUGGGGGUGCCAGCAUCAUGCUGUGGGGAUGUUUUUCAGCCGCAGGGACUGGGAGACUAGUCAGGAUCGAGGGAAAGAUGAAUGGAGCAAAGUACAGAGUGAUCAUUGAUGAAAACCUGCUCCAGAGCGCUCAGGACCUCAGACUGGGGCGAUGGUUCACCUUCAAACUAACCUAAGCAUACAGCCAAGACAACGCAGGAGUGGCUUUGUGACAAGUCUCUCAAUGUCCUUGAGUGGCCCAGCCAGAACCCAGACUUGAACCCGAUCGAACAUCUCUGGAGAGACCUGAAAAUAGCUGUGCAGCGACGAUCCCCAUUCAACUUGACAGACCUUGAGAGGAUCUGCAGAGAAGAAUGGGAGAAACUCCGCAAAUACAGGUAUGCCAAGCUUGUAGCGUCAUACCCAAGAAGACUUGAGGCUGUAAUCGCUGCCAAAGGUGCUUCAACAAAGUACUGAGUAAAGGGUCUGAAUACUUAUGUAAAUUUGAUAUUUCAGUUUUUAUUUUUGACACAUUUGCUUUGUCAUUAUGGGGUAUUGUGUGUAGAUUGAUGAGGGAAAAAAGGAUUUAACCAUUUUAGAAUAAGGCUGUAACGUAACAAAAUGUGGAAAAAGUCAAGGGGGCUGAAUACUUUCCGAAUGUACUGUAUGUGUCGGUACAUUUGUGUAUAUGCGCGCAUGUGUGUGUAUGUGUGUGUGAGGGGAUAUGCAUGGCGCUGUCAAGAGAUGGUUUAUAAUGGUAUAAUAGGAGGAAAAGACGGGGUACACGGGUUGUGUACUCCAGAUGUAGCGGUACAUACCUGUAUCUGUGGAGUACCUCAGCUCACCACCAGAGGGAGACACACACUUAUUAUAUAGACCAUAGACCACUGACAACACCUGGAAAAAUUUGACAAACACUAUUUUAAUUUACAUUUACAUCAUUUAGCAGACGCUCUUAUCCAGAGCAACUUAUAAAUUGGUACAUUCAACUCAUGAUAGCCAGUGGGACAACCACUUUUUUUCUUCUGUUUUUUUAUGGGGUGGGGGCGGGGGGCGGGGUUGGGGUAGAAUGAUUACUUUAUACUAUUCCAGGUAUUCCUUAAAGAGGUAGUGUUUCAAGUGUCUCCGGAAGGUGGUCAGUGACUCCGCUGUCCUGGCGUCGUGGGGGAGCUUGUUCCACCAUUGGGGUGCCAGAGCAGCGAAUAGCUUUGACUGGGCUGAGCGGGAACUGUGCUUCCGUAGAGGUAGGGGAGCUAGCAGGCCAGAGGUGGAUGAACGUAGUGCCCUCGUUUGGGUGUAGGGUCUAAUCAGAGCCUGAAGGUAAGGAGGUGCCGUUCCCCUCACAGCUCCGUAGGCAAGCACCAUGGUCUUGCAGUAGAUGCGAGCCUCAACUGGAAGCCAGUGGAGUAUGCGGAGGAGCAGGGUGACAUGAGAGAACUUGGGAAGGUUGAACACCAGACGGGCUGCGGCGUUCUGGAUAAGUUGUAGGGGUUUAAUGGCACAGGCAGGGAGCCCAGUCAACAGCGAGUUGCAGUAAUCCAGACGGGAGAUGACAAGUGCCUGGAUUAGGACCUGUGCCGCUUUCUGUGUAAGGUAGGGUUGUACUAUGCGAAUGUUGUAGAGCAUGAACCUGCAGGAUCGGGUCACCGCUUUGAUGUUAGGGGUGUUGUCCAGGGUCACGCCAAGGUUCUUUGCACUCUGGGAGGAGGACACAAUGGAGUUGUCAACCGUGAUGGCGAGAUCAUUGAGAUCAUGGAGCGGGCAGUCCUUCCCCGGGAGGAAGAGCAGCUCAGUCUUGCCAAGGUUCAGCUUGAGGUGGUGAUCCGACAUCCACACUGAUAUGUCUGCCAGACAUGCAGAGACGCAAUUCGCCACCUGGUUAUCAGAAGGGGGAAAGGAGAAAAUUAAUUGUGUGUUGUCUGCGUAGCAAUGAUAGGAGAGACCAUGUGAGGAUAUGACAGAGCCAAGUGACUUGGUGUAUGGAGAGAAUAGGAGAGGGCCUAGAACUGAGCCCUGGGAGACACCAGUGGUGAGAGCACGUGGUGCGGAGACAGAUUCUAGCCACGCCACCUGGUAGGAGCGACCUGUCAGGUAGGACGCAAUCCAAGAGUGAACAGCACUAUAAUGUUAAAGACGCACUCCAGGCUCCUUUUCACCUUAUUUAACACCUGAUUUACUUAACAAAAGGCCCAUCUCAAUAGGUGAUCCAGGUAUAACAUGACAUGGCACAAGUGGGGGGGAUGGCCUCUCCACUUUUGUAUUGCUUCUCAACCAGGGGCGGAGACAGAUGAAAUCACAUCAGACCAUCAGACCAACUCCUUGAAUGGCCUAAAAAACACUAUUUUGCUAGAAAUGUAUUUUUUUACCCUUAAGUGGGUGUGCAUUACUGUAUUUAUACUUGGGAUAUUGUUUUUUCAAAAGGAAAAGGUCCAACAUAGCUGGAGUGCGUCUUUAAUGACAGGGAAUCCUAAAAUUAAUCCUUUAGGUACUUAGCUAGAUGAGUAUCUGCUUCUAGGUAGGCUUUCAUGCUGUCUUCUUCUCUAAUCCAGAUAAAAUAAUCUAAACAUAAUUUUCUAUCCCCUCUCCCCAGUGUCCCAGUAAGACGUAUGAUCCCAGGAUAAGGACCACUAAAGACUUCUCAGACGAGGUGGUCAGUUUCAUCCGCUUCCACCCCCUCAUGUUCCGCUCCAUCUAUCCCCUGACCGGCCGGCCCGUGUUCACGCUUGUACGUGUCGACUACACACUGACACAGAUAGUGGUGGACCGCGUCAUGGCUGAGGACGGACAGUAUGAAGUCAUGUUCCUGGGGACAGGUGAGAGAUGCACACAAACACACACACACACACACACACACACACACACACACACACACACACACACACACACACACACAAACACACACACACACACAAACAAACAAACACUUUUCACUAACCCUAACAUUCUCCUCUCAGCCUUCCUCUUUAACCUGAGAAUGUUAAGACUGUUUGAAUGUUAGAUAUUGUUUUUAAUUCCAUCUUGCGGUAUUAUUGAUACUCACUGUAUGAGCUCCAUAUGAAAUUCUCUGUCCCCUAUCAUAUUUGAGUCCGAAAAGGAUAUUCAUAUGAUAAGUAAGAUAUACAACAACUUGCAGAAACCUAUCCAACUGACAAUCUCUUAGAAAAAAAUAUCAACUAUUGGAACCAAGACUUAAAAAUAACGGAUAUUGGCACAAGAUGGAGGGAAUGUUGACAUUUUCAAUGCCUUCAGAAAGUAUUCACACCCCUUGACUUUUUCCACAUUUUGUUGUAUUACAGCCUGAAUUUAAAAUUGAUUAAAUUGAGAUUUUUUGUUACUGGCCUUCACACAAUAACCCAUCACGUCAAAGUGGAAUUGUGUUUUUAGACAUUUUUACAAAUUAAUUACAGAUUAAAAUCUGAAAUGUUUUGAGUCAAUAAGUAUUCAACCCCUUUGUUAUGACAAGCCUAAAUAAGUUCAGGAGCUAAAAUUUGCUUAGCAUGUCACAUAAUAAGUUGCAUGGACUCACUCUGCAAUAAUAGUGUUUAACAUCUUUUUUUUAAUGACUACCUCAUCUCUAUACCCCACAAAUACAAUUAUCUGUCCUUCAGUCCAGCAGUAAAUAGAUUCAACCAGAUAGACCAGGGAGGUUUUCCAAUGCCUCGUAAAGAAGUGUACCUAUUGGUAGAUGUGUACAAAUUUAAAAAGCAGACAUUGACUAUCCCUUUGAACAUGGUGAAGUAAUUAAUUACACUUUGGAUGGUGUAUAAAUAAACCCAGUCACUACAAAGAUACAGGCGUCCUUCCUAACUCAGUUGCCGGAGAGGCAGGAAACCGCUCAAGGAUUUCAAUUGUGAAUUUAAAACAGUUACAGAGUUUAAUGGGCGUGAUAGGAGAAAACUGAGAAUGGAUCAACAACAUUGUAGUUACUCCACAAUGCUAACCUAAAUGACAGAGUGAAAAGAAGGAAGCAUGUACAGAAUACAACUAUUCCAAAAGAUGCAUCCUGUUUACAACAAGGCACUCAAGUAAAAACUGCAAAGAAUGUGGCAAAGAAAUUAACUUUAUGUCCUGAAUACAAAGCGUUAUGUUUGAUGCAAAUCCAACACAACACAUCACUGAGUACCACUCUUCAUAUUUUCAAGCAUGGUGGUGGCUGCAUCAUGUUAUAGGUAUGCUUGUCAUCGGCAAGAACUUGGGAGUAUUUUAGGAUAAAAUAAACGAAAUAGAGCUAAGCACAGGCAAAGUCCUAGAGGAAAACCUGGUUCAGUCUGCUUUCCAACAGACACUGGGAGACAUAUUCACCUUUUAGCAGGACUAUGACCUAAAACACAAGGCCAAAUAUACACUGGACUUGCUUACCAAGACGACAUUGAAUGUUCCUGAGUGGCUUAGUUACAGUUUUGUCUUAAAUCGGCUUGAAAAUCUAUGGCAAGACUUGAAAAUGUCUGUCUAGCAAGCGGAUGGGCCUCCUCUGUAGCUCAGUUGGUAGAGCAUGGCGCUUGCAACGCCAGGGUUGUGGGUUUGUUUUCCACGGGGGGCCAGUGUGAAAAAAUUUAUGCACUCACUAACUGUAAGUCGCUCUGGAUAAGAGCGUCUGCUAAAUGACUAAAUUGUAAAAUGUAAUCAACAACCAAUUUGAUAGAGCUUGAAGAAUAAAAAUAUAUAUAAUGUGCAAAUAUUGUACAAUCCAGGUGUGCAAAGCUCUUAGAGAUUUACCCAGAAAGACUCACUGCCAACGGUGAUUCUAACAUGUAUUGACUCAGGGGUGUGAAUACUUAUGUAAUCAAGAUAUAUUCAUGUUUUAUUUUCAUAUGUAUUUGUUCACAAAUGUUCAAAGUUUUCUUCCACUUUGACAGUAUGAAGUAUUUUGUGUAGAUCGUUGACAAAAAAAUGACAAUUAAAUCCAUUUGAAUCCCACCUUGUAAAACAACAAAAUAUGGGAAAAGUCAAGGGGUGUGAAUACUUUCUUAAGGCACUGUAACUAACGAAAUUACAGUUAACGAAAAUGUACGCUUAAUCCAGUAUAAACUAAUGUAUAUAAUGUAUUAUACAACAGACAAAAUUCACAAAUUAUACAGCACAAGGGCAGAGUCAUGUCUUAAGUGUAAAACUAACAAUGACUCAAUAAUCCAUGCCUUCUGGGAAUGCUAUAAAGUCCAAAAGUUAUGGCCGGAGUUAGAAUGUUGGCUGUCAGAAGUAUUGUUACAAUGUAAAUUUACUUUUAAUCCGUCAGUCCCGAUGGGUAAGGACGAUACUUUUCGCUUCAAUCAUCUUGAAAAAACAUAUACUUAAAAACUGAAAAUCAACUGUGCAGUUGUGAUGUUGUUGAUGUUUUUGUGCAUCUGUAUGCUGUCCUUUGUAUGUUUAUGUUUUGUAUUGUUUAAAUUAUAUUAAAUCUUACAAAAAAAAUGAAAUCCCCUGACUUUGCUGUCAUGCUCAGACUGACCAGCAGAGAGAGCUACAACAUCAUAGUCUGUUUGGAGCCAUUUCAGUAGAACUCUCUCACUAGAAAGCUAGCGAAAGGGAAGGUCUAUGUGUGUGUGUAUUUCAUAAGCAUGUGAAAAUAUAAGCGUGUGUGUGUGUGUUGUCCAGAUGCUGGGUCAGUCCUGAAGGUGGUGAGCAUUACUCAGGAGAACUGGUCUACUGAGGAGGUGAUUCUGGAGGAGCUCCUGGUGUUCCAGGUAACAGUCACACACACACACACACACACACACACACACACACACACACACACACACACACACACACACACACACACACACCUCUGAGUAAUGUCUUAAUUGACAUAGGUUUUGGGAAAGUUUCAUACGUCUACACCAGAUCUGUCAGACUUAUAGCACUCUGAUUCAGAUAACUGACUUUUCCUAAGUCAUAUUACCUCUACUGCAGGCAGAAAAGGGUAUUUGCAUGUAGCUACUCAUACUACUAAAAAACAAAUAUCCUGAGUUUCCUUCUAUCCUGGAAUUCAAGGUCAAGGUGAUUUGUCAAUUAAUAUUACCUUAUCUACCAAACAUUUUCAUUUAGCAAUGACAGGAGCUCUUGAUUGAAGGGUUGUCAACUCUUUAAACAACAGGAAAAUAUUAAUGUCUUUCGAUUCUAAACACACAGCAGGAGUUCUGGGGGUAUAGACAGGAGAGUUGGUGUGUUUCUCUAGUAUUACAGACAUAGAGUGAGUUUAUUCUCUCUCGUUGAUUCACAGACUCAUUGGUUGAACUCCCUAACCUGAGGCCAUCUCCGCAGCUGGAAAAUUAGCUUGAUUUUUCUCAAGCAGAACUAAUUAGAUAACUACAAUAUGUAUUAAGUAGGAAGUAUGAGUCAGUGUGUAUAUGUGUAUAGUGGAGAUAAUGUGUGUUUUCUCCUCAAGGCUCCCACUCCCAUCCUGAGUAUGGAGAUCUCUUCUAAACAGGUAAGAACUCCCCUCUUCUCUCUAUCCCUCCUUUCAAUCUCUGUCCCUCCCUACAUUUCUCAUAUACUGUAGCUUUAGGUUCAGGGGUACUAACUGCACCAUCCAAAGCCACCUUCCCUCUUUCCUUCCCUUCUGCCCCCCUCCUCUUCCCCUCUCUUCCUCCCCUCCUCCUCCCCUCUCCUCCUCCCCUCUCUUCCUCCCCUCCUCCUCCCCUCUCUUCCUCCCCUCCUCCUUCUCUCUCUUCCUCUCCUCCUCCUUCUCCUCUCCUCCCUCGCUAACUGAGAGUCAGGGAUGUCAGCAGACCCUUCAACUCCAAUCACAGCCUCCCUUCAUCUGCCACAGCCUGUGUGUGUGUGUGCGCGCAUGUGCGUGUGUUCAUCUCAUCCCAACCCAUCCCCCAGUGUUUUCCAUGUUUCCGUUCAGUGUUUGUUUUGGAAUCCCUGGUUCAGACGAGUCCAGGCAGAUCCAUACAAAACACCUUCCUUUCUCUCUCCUCUCUCUCUCUCUCUCUCUCUCUCUCUCUCUCUCUCCUCUCUCUCUCUCUCUCUCUCUCUCUCUCUCUCUCUCUCUCUCAUUGUUGAAGGUUUUGUUGUUUAAACAAGCUUUAGAGUUAUGGGGGUUGACUUCCAGUAAUAAUAGUAUUGGAGGUGAGAUCCUUAAGGAUACACUCUUAGAAAAAAGGGUUCCAGAAAGGUUAUUAGUCUGUCCCCAUAGGAUAACCCUUUUUGGUUCAGGUAGAACCCUUUUUGGUUCCAAGUAGAACUAUUUUGGGUUCCAUGUAGAACCCUCUGUGGAAAGGGUUCUACCUGGAAUCAAAAAGGGUUCUUCAAAGGGUUCUCCUAUGCGGAUAGCCGAAGAACCCUUUUAGGUUCUAGAUAGCACCUUUUUUUCUAAGAGUGUACUGUACUAUAUGCUGCUGGACAUGUGGGUGUACUAAAUCACACAUGUACUCACAUGCAUGCGCACGCAUGGACACACGUGUACACACAAGGAAUAAAACUGAGAUCAGAAAAACACAGGUCUCUUUCCCACAAUGAACCAUAGUAUAGUGUAAACAACACCAACAUAUAGCAAGGUGAUUAGUUGAUUAGUUGAAACAGGUGUGCUAGACUGUACCCAUUUCUGAGGUUGUUUGUUCUCUCCAUCUCUGUCUCCAAAGCAACAGCUGUAUGUGGGUUCGGGGGCUGGGCUAGCCCAGGUGUCACUGAGCAGGUGUCACCUGUAU